AUGCCCUUUUCUCGUGCCAAGCGCCAGAAAGUUGACAAAGACAAAGACAGCCCUACCGCCCCUGAUUUCCAAAGUUUUGCGCCAAAUGGAGAUGUUGUUUUCAUUGUCAACAAUGAUACACGCGUGCGCGUUCAUUCUUCAGUGGUAAAAGGCGCUUCACGUGUGUUUGCCACGAUGCUUGGCCCAAACUUCAUGGAAGGCCAAGCUCUGGCCACCGCCGCCAACACCGAGACCGACCCCUUCGAGAUCGCACUACCUGAAGAAGAAAGUUCCAUUUGCUUUGGGUGGAUAUGUCGAGCUCUUCACUGCCAAUUUGCAACAACGCUCUGGAACCCCACAUGUGCUGAGAUUGGGAAAGUCUGGUCCAUCAUCGACAAGUAUGACAUGAAGCAGAGCAUGCAUCUUUCUGUCAUAUUCUGGUCACAAGACAUUCUUUCCAAGACUCGUACCUCAAAAGAUCUCUGGCCUAUGGCCUUGAUAUGUUUCCAGAAUAAAGAUUCGGCCUCCUACACAACUGCCACCAGGAGACUUCUCCAGGCCGAAGGAUCGUUCUUGGCCAGAGCCUCAGAAACUGAAAAGCUGUUUGAGAAUAACAUGCCAGGACGUUACUUGUACAGGCUUGCGGCAAAGCUCCAGGCAGCACAAAUUGAGGUCCAGCGCAAGGUGGCCAAGUUGGUGUACAAUGAGAUCCCGUCUCUCAUUUCUGAGAACUGCUGUCCUACCGAAACGUUGGAUUAUUUCGACUAUUUACUCGAACUCAUGAAUAGGAAUGGUCGUCUAAUCUGCUUCCUGGACCUUGAAGCGCCUCUUGAUCGCAUUGACAAGGUCUUAUCACAGCUGGAUAACUGGUUGCUUGACUAUGGAACCGAACAUGGAGACAGGUGUGAGAACUGUGCUGAAGUCCAAGAUAAACUUCAAAAAAUCAUGGAUAAGAGGCCGCGGGUUUUGGGUUUGUGUCUUGGUUGUUUCGAGGAGGAGCACAAGAAGUACAUUCCUGGUUCUUAG